AUGGCUAAGCUGACCUCUUACAACCUCAAAGUAUGGUUGGUUGUGACCAUUGCUGCCUUCAGCUGGGGCUUCGGCGCCUCCAUCUUUGCGACCAGCAGUGGCCAGCCUGGGUUCUACGACUAUUUUGGGCUUGAUCCUACAAGUCGGCAUACGGCAAACAUCCUCAGCGCAAUCAAUGCUUGCUUCUUCGGCGGUUGCGCACUGGGCGCCCUAGCCCAGUGCUACGCUUCCGACUGGGUCGGUCGUCGAGGAGCCUUCGCCAUAUCUGCGUGCCUUACUCUUUUGGGGGCUGCUCUGGUUGCAGGCUCGGUCCAGAUUGCCGAGCUCUUUAUGUUUCGUGUAGUUCAGGGCAUCGGGUCAGGUAUGAUACUCGGCCUUGUGCCUUUGUAUCUCACCGAGGUUGCUCCACCGAAACAUCGUGGGCUCAUGGCUGGAUCAACCCAGUUUGCAGGUGGAUGCGGCUAUAUCGUCAACUCUUUCGCCUCAAUCGGUUGUUAUCACUCAACCAAUCUCUCUCUGAGCUGGCGCCUUCCCCUGGCAUGUGCCUGCAUUGGUCCUUUAGGACUUCUUGCUGGUCUCUUCUUCAUUCCCGAAUCUCCACGUUACCUGGUGUGGCGAGGAAAGCAGGAGAAAGCCUACGACAUUCUAAAGCUACUUCACCAUGACCCCAAAGCCCCUUCCGAGGCAGACGCUCAAGCCGAGUUUACACAAAUCAUCCGGCAAGUCGAACUGGAUAAGGAGGAUCAGGCCACGUUAGUCGUGAUGUUCCAAAAGCCAUCGUGGCGGCGGCGAUCUAUCUCGGUGAUGAUUCUUCUAUUCAUGCAACAAGCUGCUGGUACAUACGGCAUCACCAACUACUUUCCACUACUCAUUCAAUCUCUCGGGAUGACGGCAGAUCUAGCUUUGUGGUUAUUUUGUGUCUACUCGGUCGUCGCAACGCUCGGCAUCGGUGCCUUCAUUCUAGUGUUGGACAGAUAUGGACGUAGAUUGCUCCUCCUCAUUGGAUUCGCCACGGUGCCAUGUAUCCUGCUUGCUGAGGCCCUGCUCCAAUGGAAAUACCAAGGCACAACUUCCACGGGUGGAAAUGGCACCUGCGUCCUUUUCAUCUUCUUGUUCAUCAUCUUCUUCCAGGCUAUCGACGCUCCUACUUUCGUCUGGAUGGCCGAGGUUUUUCCAACCGCCAUCAGAGCCAAAGGCGUCAGCCUAGGACUCUUUGCCUACUUCGUAGGGACCGUCACCUUUUCGACUCCUGCCGCAGUGGCUUUACAGAGCAUCAAAUGGGGUAUGUUCCUCAUCUAUGCCGGACUCUGUGUGGUGUCUUUGAUCGGCGUCUACUUUUUCCUCCCCGAGACCAAGGGUAUCCCAGUCGAAGAGAUUGGCGCACUUUUUGGUGACACCGUCGCGGUGUACCUUACGGAAGACGGGACGAAUAUUAUCGAAGAUAAGUCGAGUGCAUAUCAUGUCGAACUCACCACCGUUGAACAAAAGGCGGAAGAGAAAGUCUAG